AUGGGACGAAAUAGAGCGAGGCAGAAGGGCUGCAACGCGACUAGACGAGAGGCGCUGCGAGGCGAGGCGAGGCGAGGCGAGGCGGCGCGCCUGCGCACGUGCGCGAGGCGCCGGUGCUGGCGCCGGCGAGGGCAGCGCGCGCCGCGCCGCGCCGAGCCGCGCCGCCCGCCAGUGGAGCGGAGCCGACCCGCCGCGCCGCACGCCGCCGUUGCCUCGUUCCCUCUCCUCGCGGCGCACGGAGAUCGCUCGCCAGUGGACGCGCUUUCUUUUCCUCAGUUCGUGCGCAAACUUUUCUUCAAGAUAUUUAUCAAUUCAGCGUCUUCCGCCGUCGCCGCCGCCGCAGCAGCAGCAGCCGCCGCCGUCACCGUCACCGUCUCCGCAGCCGCCGCCGCCGCCAUCGUAGUCGUCACAGCCGUCGCCGCCCCCGCCGACAUGGGUUCCGCCGCAGAAGACAGCAAAGCUGUCGCACACUCG